AUGGCUUCAAUCCCAAACUUGAAUACACUGCGGACUGGCAGACGAGGCAACCGACUUCGAGGACGACGCGGAGGACCGUCAAGCUCCGGUACAGACGAUGGAUCGAUACGGAGUGACGAGCAAGCGGAACAGGCUCGCGACAGAAUCAUCCAGCAAACGGACGGCGAUGCCAGCAGCAGUCGGAUGAGCGCUGUCAAUCUGGGCUAUCUUGAAGACUCAUACGCGACGCGGCUCUAUCAGCUGGGCGAUGAAGUACCGAGAAGGUAUCCGAUCAUAAAUCGGGGCACUUACGUCCGAACGAAAGCCAUCGACAGGCUCGUAACACAGUUCCUGGAGACGCAUCCCGAUCAACGAAAACAGAUUAUCUCUCUCGGUGCCGGAUCCGACACUCGUUAUUUCAGGCUAUGUGCUGGGAAGCGCAACGUUGUGUAUCAUGAGCUCGACUUUGAGGAGAAUGUGAAUCUCAAGAGAAACGCGAUCAGAAAUGACAGCGAGCUGGCGCGCAUGGCACUGCCUCAAGAACAAGGCUCGGCGUACCACUUGCAUGCGAUAGACCUCAGAGUUCUGACGAACAAGUCUCCUCCUAUCAUACCAGGUCUGGAAGCGGAUCUGCCGACUUUGAUUCUCAGCGAAUGCUGUCUCUGCUACUUUCCACCUGAUCUGGCUAUUAGUGUUGUGCACUACUUUACUAUGAACAUCAAAGCAAGCUGCGGCCUAGUUCUCUACGAGCCGAUUCGACCCUUUGAUGCUUUUGGUCGGACCAUGAUGUCAAAUCUGGCCUCCAGGGGAAUUGAGAUGCGCACUUUGAAGAAGUACUACUCGCUGGAUGCACAACGGCAGCGGCUGAGGGUUGCUGGAUUUGAGAGCGGCCAGGGCGCGAGAGAUGUGCAUCAAAUUUGGGAACAGGACGAGUGGAUCAGCGAUGCAGAACGACAGCGUAUCGACAAGCUGGAAUGGCUAGACGAGGUCGAAGAGUGGAAAUUAUUGGCUAGUCAUUAUUGCGUUGCUUGGGGUUGGAGGGGCGACAGUUUCACUGCUGCGUGGGCUGAAGUACAUGGCAAUCGAACUCAAGCCGAGGGUUUGGACGAUGACAUGAUGUGAUUGAGGGAUGCUUCUUUUGCAACCGCGUCGAAGCAACAUGACUGUAUCGCUAGCAGGCGGCAAGACGGGAGCAAUCUGUGCAGAGAUUCUUGUGCUUCAAGCGCUGGCCGCUCAGGACCUUACCAAACACCGCGUGAACCGGCUACACAUACGCUUCCGGUCCUCUCGAAAGUCUCCGCUAUAGGACGCGCAAGCGUACAUUCAAGCCUGAAUGCCUGGGAACGAAUGACCGUGGCCAAGAACAGCGCAGCGCAUGCAAUCGGAAAUAGGUACUUUCCAACUCUCCCCCGGCAUUCUUCUGUUUUGUUGUUGUACAGUUCAUCAAUUACGACCAAUCUUAU